UGUAAAGCCUUGGCAAAAGCAAAACACAGAUCUCAAAAUAUGGAUGGUCAAAAAUUGAGUUUGGGUUUCAUAUCUCUCGCCUUUCUCUUCAUCACUUCUUCUUCAGCUGAGUUCCUUAUUCAACAGGUCACAGAGGGGAGAGUAACAGAGUCCAACAGUUCUUACAGUCUCGAGGGAAAUCUUGGAGUGACAAGAGUGUUCAGAGAAGACCGACCAUCAAGUAAGAUAGUGACAAUAACAAGCUUCUCCGUUAUUAAGGAGAGAUCCGAACCCUACGAAUCCUCUGUUUUUGAUGCUGUUGGUUACAAAUGGAGAUUGGUUUUGUACGUGACUGGUAAUAAAAACGAUGGAGGAAGUAAUCAUGUUUCACUUUACGCGAGGAUCUUAGAGACAGAAUCUCUUCCUAAAGGCUGGGAAGUGAAUGUUGAUCUCAAACUCUUUGUCUACAAUUCCAAGCAACACAAGUACUUGACUGUGACAGAUGGAGCAGUGAAGCGAUUCAACGACGCCAAAAAAGAGUGGGGAUUUGGACAAUUACUUCCUCUUUCAACAUUCUACAACACCAACGAAGGUUACAUCGUGGGGGACACUGCUUCUUUUGGUGCUGAGAUCCUCAUCGUUAAACCGGCCGAGCAACAAGAGAAAGUCACAUUCAUAUCAAAUCCUCCUGACAAUGUUUUCACUUGGAAAAUACUUCAUUUCUCCACCUUGGAAGAUAAAUUUUACUAUUCCGAUGAUUUUCUCGUUGGAGACCGAUAUUGGAGAUUAGGAUUUAACCCGAAAGGGGAUGGAGGUGGAAGACCACAUGCACUGCCACUCUUCCUAUUUGCUACAGGCUUUAAGACAAACGCAGUCGCUACAAACACUUGGGGAGCGGUUAACCUGCGGUUAAAGAAUCAACGAAGCUCUAACCAUAGACAAUUAUACUCUGCGGCUUGGUACCCGAUUCGACGCGAUUAUGGUGUGGGAGUGAACAAUAUCAUAUUGUUUACAGAUUUAAACGAUGCAUCGAAAGGGUAUUUGGUUAAUGAUGCUAUUAUCUUUGAAGCUGAAAUGGUUAAAGUCUCUGUGACCAACAUCGUUCCCGUUUAAAGAUCUCUUCUCCUUUUAGUCCUUUAUCAUCGAUCAAACAAGCUUACGAAUAAAGAGACUUUGAUGAGUUUGUAAUAAGAUGAAGUUGUUGAUGAUGCUUUUGUGUUGUAAUCGUAAUUUCUGCUCUUCAAGUUUUUUCUUUUCCUGUUUUGUUAUCAGUGAAAUGAAACUCUCUUGAU